GUUGAUGUUGGUAUCGAUUAUUGUACAAUAUCGAAUUCCCAAUUGAUUAUUUGAUGAUGAAUGAAUGUUUGAAAAUGAUUAAAAAUCAAAAUCACACAUAAACAUCAUAUAUAUGGGGGAUAUUUCUCUACAUGAUGAUCAUGAUGAUGAUUUUUGAUCGACACAAUUUUUUUUUCUUGUGUUCGUGUGUGUGCGUGUAUGUGUGUGGGUAUAAAUAUAAAACCCAUUCGUUAAAAUUCGGCUGAUUUUCAAUCAUUCGAUCUGUUUUUUAUUUUUUAAAUUCCUCAACAAUAAUUUGUUUUGCAAAUAUAUUCAAUUAAAUCAAUGUCAAACGAAUAACAUCGCACUAACACUACUCUGUUUGGUCAAUCAAUCAACGAAAUAUUGGAACGUUCGAAAAUUAUUAUCACAUCAUCAUCAUUGCCGUGAUUAAAUCCAACCGGUUACAAAAUUCAAUUUCCACUCUGAUGCAUCUAUAUUGGUAUCAUAGUCUUAUAUAAAAAACAAACGAAAACAAAAACAACGAAAAAAAAAUCCAUACGGAUGUAUCUAAAAUUUUUGUUCGCACUGUUGACCAUCUUGUUGUACAAUGUACAGCCAAUAAGUAAUGAUGAAAGUUUGGUUACAGCCAUUCAAAUUCUACAACAACGUGAUGGAUCAAUCAUACCAACAUUGGAUCGUUGUCGUAUCGAUAAUUUUGAUCGUAAUAUGGAUUGGCUUAUGAGCUAUUAUAAUAAUUUUCAACGAUCAAAAAAUGAUUUAUAUCAAAUACAUCGUUUACCACCGUGUUCAAAAUUAACACAAUUCACCAUUUCUACUCGUAUACAGCGACGAUAUCAACGUUAUAUUAAUCAAAUGAAUAAAUUUCUAAGAAAUUGGUCAACAGCCAAUAUUGAUUUAAUACAAGCCAUAACUAAAGUGAUCAUUCUAGUGAUACUAAAAAUAUUCAUCAAGUAUUAUAUACAAUCAUAUAUACAUUUUUAUAUUCAAAAUGAAUCUAUAAAUGAAUUGAUCGAUUUAUUAUCAAAAGCAAUGACUAUUGCUAUAGCUAAAAUUGCCAUCAAACAUUCAUUUUAUCCGGCAUUAAGAACGGCAAUGAAAACAUUGUUGAUUGCCGGCCUGAAAACAUUGAUAAAACCGUGGAUGAAAAAAAUCAAAAAUAAAAAUGAAAAAAUUGAAACAUCAGUAUUAUUGAAUAAAAUCAUUCGAUUUGCAUUGACUAUACAGAUAAAAACGAUAAUCAAAACUAUCGCUUUACAUUUAUUGUGGUUAGUGUUUGAAAAAAAUGAUAACCAAUUUAAUCGUUUACCGGGUCUAAUGUUUCGUGUCGCAGUCAUCAUAAUGGUAAAAAUGGCCGCAAAACGUACAUGUAAAAUGGCAAAGAAAAAGAAAAAUAAAACAGAUAAUAUGGAUGGACAAACACUACCACCACCACCACCUGUUGAUCAGGUUCUAUUAUUUGCCAUACAGAAAUUGGUGACAAAAUUGAUCAAGAUACCGUUGAUUAAAAUAAUGUUUGAUUAAA